CGCCCAUCGCCAGCCCACCGCCCACCGCCAGCAUCGCCGCCCGCCCUCGCCCGCGGUCAAUGGCUCGGUAGUCUCUCGCGCCGCCCGCAGUCCCCGUCGAGGCUCGCAGCCACCGCCUCUCAUAUCACCACCACCAUGCCCCAGCUCGUCGCCCGCCCCGGCCGCAACGCCGUGCGCCAGGCCAAAAAGGCCAAGGAGAUCCGCCAUGUCAAGGGCGCCAUCGUCUGGCACGCGAAGCAGCGCCGCGCGCGCCAGGAGAAGAUGAGCAACCAGUACGAAGAGAAGCAGCUCGCCCUGCAGCGCACCCGCUGGGAGAACGACAACAUCAUCCGCGUCCGCCGCACCGCCCUGCGCAACGCCGCCGAGGACUGGAAGCUGGGCCCGCUGCGCCCCAACCGCGCCGUGCACCUCGCCGACGGCAAGUACGGCGCCCUGCCCGCCACCCGCAUGCAGAAGCCCAGCAUCGACGCCGACGUCUGGCACCGCCUCAACGCCCGCCGCGAGAAGAAGGGCCACGCCCCCAAGUACCCGCUGGUCGUCGACAGCCAGCCCUACUUCCCCAUGGUCAAGGGCGACCGCGUCGUCGUCGUCCGCGGUCGCGACCGGGGCAAGAUCGGCACCGUCCAGAGCGUCAUGCCGCGCACCCACGAGUGCCUGGUCUCGGGCGUCAACAGGGCCUACGUCGACUCGGUCGUCUUCGGCUCCAACACCCAGGACAUGGGCGCGCGUCAGGUCAUCGAGACCCCCACCCCCAUGGACGACCUGCGCCUGGUCAUCCCCUACGCCUCCGCCGACUUCACCCUGCGCGGCCAGAGCAUCUACGAGGACGUCGUCGUCGACAACGUCGUCCUGGAGCGCCACACCACCGGCAUCGACCCCUUCACCGGCACCGACUACGGCCGCGCCGAGAUCCCCAAGGAGCACCAGUACGACCCCGAGACCGGCCUGCCCAUCUUCCACCGCUACAUCGCCGGCACGCGCUACCGCAUCGCCUGGCCCUGGGAGACGGAGAAAGCCGCCGACGCCGCCCCCGAGCCCGCCAAAGAGGCCGCCCAGGGCUGGCUGUCCAAGACCCUGGGCACCCUGCGGCACCCCAUCACCACCCUGCAGAGCUGGCGCGCCCCCGCCGCCGAAGCCCCCGCCCCCGCGCCCUCCACCCUCCCGCUGUCCGCCCAGGUCGCGGAGCUGGAGUUCAGCGAGCUGGAAGAGCAGCGUCGCGCCACCGUCCGCAGCGAGGACCCCGAGCGCAAGGACGCCUACGAUGCCGUCGACACCACGCGCAACCUCGUCGAGGGCUCCGACUCGAUGAGCUACACCCUCGUCGCCCCGCCCUUCCCGGAGAGCCUGACCGAGGAGCUGCGCGGCGACAUCUUCCAGCUGACCCAGCGCACCCGCAACGACACCGACGCCCCGCACAAGCCCGUCCGCGCCAAGUUCCUGAGCCCCAAGGCCCAGGCCGCGCAGGAGUACGCCCAGAAGAAGGCCAGGGCCGCCGAGCGCAUGAAGACGCCCAUGCAGCUGCGGUGGGAGCAGGAGCAGGCCCGGAAGAAGGCCGCGCUGAAGGACGGGCCUGCCGUGGACACCGACACGCUGCUGGCUGCGCUGGGCCAGCACAUGCAGGCGAACGGGGUGAGGCUGGGGCGUAAGAAGCGUGCGGUCGAGCUCGAUUAGAGUGAGGAUGUGAAGGUUGCGAAUAUGGUGUUGCGAAGAUAGCGUUGCAUCUGUAGCAUACUGUACAUCUAGGACGAAUUUCUGUAUAUUAGUGCACGAUUGUAUGACAUCUCAACACGUGACACCGCGCCCUAGCGCUCCACCCCCUGC